CGAACAGUACCCUUGAACUUGGGGGUGAUCUUCUGGGGCUUCAUGGAGAUGUUCAUGGGAGGAACACUCUUGGUGCCAUCGGGCUUCUCGGCACCAGCGAGCAUUCUACAGAAGGUGGUCUUUCCGGUACCGUUCUCACCCAUCAUGACGAUGAUCUCCGAGUCAGUGAACUCACCAGGCUCAAUGCUCAGCUUGAAACCAGAAGCGGGCUGUGUCUUGGUCAUGGCAGGGUAUCCGUAUUGGCGAGAUUGGUCGACGAGGAACUCCUCUCCAGCUUCACCAAUGCGGAACUGCAAAGAUUCCUCUCUGAAACGCAAGUUCUCACUAGGAAUGUGA